AAAUUUCUCCGUUUUUUAACGGGGUUUAGUCAUAUUCUUUGUGCUCAUAAUUUAAUGACGUAUUCGUCCUUUUUACGGCGGCCAUCAUACCUCGUGGUUCUGCGAGUAUGAUCAUGAACCCGGAGAAAUUGAAGCAGCUCCAAGAGCAAGUCCGCAUUGGAGGAAAGGGUUCAGCUCGGAGGAAGAAGAAGGUCGUACAUAGGACAGCCACAACCAGUGACAAAAACUUACAAAACUCACUGAAAAAACUAUCUGUUAACAAUAUUCCUGGAAUUGAGGAAGUAAAUAUGAUAAAGGAUGAUGGACAGGUGAUACACUUUAACAACCCAAAGGUCCAGGCUUCAUUAGCGGCCAAUACUUUUGCUAUCAGCGGACACGCUGAAAAUAAACAAAUUUCUGAGAUGCUCCCGGGCAUUCUUAAUCAACUUGGUGCAGAAAGCCUGAGUAGUCUGAAGAAGCUGGCAUCAUCAGUAUCAGGCCUAUCUAGACCAGGUCAAGUCUUCAACAAUUCAGCCGGUGGUGAUGCAACCAAGCCCAGCACAGACGAUGUAGAUGACGAUGAUGUUCCAGAUCUGGUUGAAAACUUUGAUGAGGCUUCCAAGGGAGAGGGCGAUUAAACAGCGUCAGAACAUGUCAUCCUAUAUUUUCAUCCUCGAACUUAAACAAACAUUUCGCAGAAGUGGUGAAAGAACGAGUUGUGUUUGAACAUGUUUGAUCCGCUUUUUUGUACACAAAUACUCCCUUGAUAUAAUUUUUUAUUUAACGCGAAGUUAAGAUCAAAACUUGGUGACUUAAUGUUGCAUUAAAUGUGCUGUAGUGUUAAACAAUUAUUUUUGUAUCAUGCUGUACCUGAAAUUACAAGAUUAUGUAUUUAAAUCAGUUAUGGUUAAUUGCAUUUUAAUCUAUCACAUGAGAUCCUGUGUUAUUUUGUUCAAAACAUCACAAUAUUGUAUUUACUUUCGGAUAUUUGAAUAUUAGGAGUUAAUUUAUAAUACACCUAUAAUGUUCAUUUAUCAAAAUAAAGUCUUUUUUGGUA